ACAAGGUGCCGCGUCUCAUGGGGCGGGGAACCGGCAGCUGUGAAACCCCCACCCACUGUGCAAGAACCAGGCAGUGGGUAGUAAUUUGCAAAUAUGAUUUGGGAGGAGAGCCUGUGUGCGUGGGUAGGUGAGCGUCUCCCUCCCCCCUCCCCCCGUGCAGUGCGGCGCUCCGUGCUCGAUACAUUGUAGCCAGUGGGGCCGCUCCGGAGAGCAGCCGAACGGAGCCCGGAGCGGAUCAGGGGGGAGCAGAACCCGGAGCGGAUCAGGGGGGAGCAGAACCCGGAGCGGAUCAGGGGGAGCAGAACCCGGAGCGGAUCAGGGGGAGCAGAGCCCGGAGCGGACCAGGGGGGAGCAGAGCCCGGAGCGGACCAGGGGGAAGCAGAACCCGGAGCGGAUCGGGGGGAGUAGAACCGGAGCCCGGACCAGAUCAGGGGGAGCAGAACCCGGAGCCCGGACCGGAUCAGGGGGAGCAGAUCAGGGGGAGCAGAACCCAGAGCCCGGACCGGAUCAGGGGGAGCAGAACGCGGAGCCCGGGUCGAAGGGGGCGGAGGCCAGAACCCGAAGCUUGGACCGGAUCAGGGGGAGCAGCGCCUGGACUAGGGGUAGCGGAGCCCGGAGUGGAUCAGGGGGAGCGGAUCCCAGAAUCCGGAGCCGGGACCGGAUCCCAGCCCGGGGGGAGCGGAGCCGGAGCGGCGGCGGCGGGGCUCGGCUCCGGGCCGACACUCGGACAUGAGCGUUUCGAGCACCAGGACCCCGAACAGCGGCGCCCAGACACCGGAGGCGGUCGGCAUGAAGGUGAAGUCGGCGCCGGAGGGGCUCCGGGUCACCACAGAGGAGGAGCUGCUGAAGAAGGAGAGGGUCACCCCCGACGAUGUGUUGGGGCUGCAGAGGAUCACCCAGAGGUACCUGUGUGCCCCUGAGGACAACGUUUACAACAUUGAUUUUACGAGGUUCAAGAUACGGGACAUGGAGUCGGGUGCCGUGCUGUUCGAGAUCACCAAGCCCCCCUCCUCAGAGCGGGAGCAGGGCGACCGGAAGGAGGCCGAUGGCAACGCGGGACGGUUUGUGCGCUACCAGUUCACGCCGGCCUUUCUGCGGCUGCGCCAGGUCGGAGCCACGGUGGAGUUCACUGUGGGUGACAAACCCAUCAACAACUUCCGAAUGAUCGAGAGGCACUACUUCCAGGACCAGCUGCUCAAGAGCUUUGACUUUGAGUUUGGUUUCUGCAUUCCCAGCAGCAAGAACACGUGUGAGCACAUCUACGACUUCCCCCCGCUGUCCGAGGAGCUGAUUCGGGACAUGGUGAGCCGACCCUACCAGACCCGCUCCGACAGCUUCUACUUCGUGGACAACCAGUUGGUGAUGCACAACAAGGCGGACUACUCGUACGGGAACGGCCCCUGAGGUGCCCGGGAGCCCGGCGCCAGACCGCACGGC